AUGCAUAAUCAGAAAAACACAUCCAUUGAUAAUGCUGAUGACACGACAAAGCAGAUGAUGCAAGCAGGAAAAGGCCAGCAGCAAAAUGAAUUGCUUUCUGCCCAACAGGGCUUCCCUCAACAAACCUUUCAAGAAACACAAGACAUGGCACAACCAGGAGCGUAUGCCUUUGCCCCAACACUGUCCAACAACAAUGAUGCAGAGAUAGUUAUUGAAGAAACUAGGCAUGACAUUGAACCAGCACCACUCGAACAGGACAGCUCUGGUUUGGCAGUUGCAAGAGAGGUGCAGGAUGAUCCAGAAGAUCCAAGAAGCUUGCCACAAGCAGAAGAGUAUAACGAGAAUAGAGAGUCUAAGAAAAGGAACGCACAAACACAAGAGUCAAAUAAACGGAUUGCAUUGGUUCUUGGCUUUGGCCUCUGUCUUGUUGUUCUCUUUGUACUACUUGUGGUCCUGUUGGGGAAAACAGCCGAUGGAACUGAAGCUACACUGGCCAUGGAACCUGUCGAAUCCAACAAUGAAGAUGCCCCUAUGCACUCUAGCAUGGCUCCUAGUCCAUCUCCUGUCUUUGAACAGCUCUUGAGCUACUUCCCAAACUACACUAUCCAGGCAUUGGAGGACCCAGAGUCUCCACAAUCCAAAGCAUUGGAUUGGCUAUUGGAUGAUCCAGAUCUAAUGUAA